CUGGAUUGCGCGUGGUCCGUCGACCCGGGGCGGGGCCUCUUACGCGCCUACGCAGUGCGUCCCAGGCGGGCGGAACCAGGGUCACCCUGAGCUGCGAACUCCGUCGUGAUGCUGAGCAAGUUGCUGGGCCCGCGUUACCUUCAACUGGCCAAGAACUGGAUUCCCACAGCAGGCAUGUGGGGCGCUGUGGGCGCCGUGGGGCUAGUGUGGGCCACCGACUGGCGGCUGAUUCUGGACUGGGUGCCCUACGUCAAUGGCAAGUUUAAGAAGGAUCACUAAUUAAACUGACCCUCCUCAGACCCUUCUGGUGACUGGUGGUUCCGACAGCUUCCAUCUCAGCACCUGGUAUGUCUGGAACAGCCCCGGCCCUCAGCACGGAUCACAAGGAGAUUCACAGGACAACUUGGGACUUUCUAUGUUUUUGAAAAUAACUUUGAUGUCUGAAUACAUUAAACUUUGCUCUGAAA